GCGUAGGAAAUUUGGCGUCAUCAAUUAAAAUCGAGAUCGAGUCGGUCAAAAUUGUUUUAACCUUUUGUCACUGCAUGCCUGGUGGUUUAGAACAGUACAUUUAAGCAAAAAAUCAUUUAUCUGUAGUGUGUAAUUUGAGCUCUCUAAGUUUAAAGUUUCUUUUUCAAGUAGAAAAGAAAACAAAAAUUAGUUACUGCUCAUCAGAUUUAUUGCAACUUCUGUAACUCAAAUUCGUUUUCUAGCAUUAUAAAGAACAAUUAUAUGAUUCGCUGUCAGAUAUUUUCAAAAUUAUAAAUAUACUCAAUUUUUUCAUUUUUUUUCUCGUCAUAAAUAUAUUCAUUCUCGUCAAGAAUUAAGGGAAUAAUUUGCAUAUAAUUUAAAAAUAUAUACAUAAAUACUUUAAUACUACGUUGAAUACUUUACCUUUAAACAAUACUAUAAGGAAAAUAGUGAUGUCUUCUUCGACUAAGUCGGAUCUGGACGAGAGGAGUGCCCGACUGCAUAAGAUGGCAACCAGGGCACACAUCAUUAACUCCUGGUCAGGGGCAGGGGCAGGGGCCGGGGCAGGGGGGUCAGAAGGCCACCAGAACAAGUCAUUGGAGGAGGAUGAGGGAGACCACCUCAAAAAAGAGGGCGGCGAACCAUCUGAUGCUACUCCCGCCAAAAACAAUGUUGCCGAGUACUUCGACCCCGACACUCAGAAGCCCCGGGUGGAGUUAGAGGAGGCAAUAGAGGCAGAAAAAGACAAUUCAAGUAAGCUGCAGUCGGCUGUUGGGUCACUGGAGGUCGAGUUGGCGAAAAAAGAGGAAGAGAGGAAAAAGGCGGAGGAAGAUUUGAAGGGAAUGAAGGAUAAAUUUAGUGAAAAAGAGAAAGAGCUGGAAUCACAGUCUGAAAACUUCGCGAUAGAGCGCGAGGAAAUGUCAAAAGAAAAGGAAAAAGCCGUGAAAGAACAACAAAUCAUUUUCGGAAACCAGCAGAAAAAGGAAUACGAACAACGCAAACGACAACAAAGACUAAGUCUGACUGCUUAUAACGAAGUCCCUUUGCUGGUCGGCGACCGACGUUGUCUGAUAGCUCGGGAGAUUUUUAUGGCCGACAACUGUCCAAAAAACGACGUCUCACGAAUGCUGAAAGGCGAGAAGGAAUUUGAACUCGAAGAUGGCUUCUUGCCAAUUGGAAACCACGACGAGGCUGUUUUUGAGAUCCUCUUGGAUUUCCUCAAGUGUUCGAGGGAGUUUGAACUUCCAUUCAGAUCUUUUGAACUCGAAAAAGUCAUGCGACUUGCGAAGGCGCUAAACGUGGACGACUUGAUCAUCAAGUGUCGUGAACAACGUGUGAUCAACGAUGCAGACUUGAACCCAGUGUAUGUGUACUCGCGGGAAGAGAUGCCUGAAAGUGUGAUCAAGAACCACAAGGUCAACGUCUACUUGAAGAUCAACUUCGAGGAGGGAGUCAAGUAUACUAACAUUUCAGUGGUGCACCACAUCAACCUCUUCUUCAGAUUAGGUCGAGUUCUCCGUCGCCUCUUUGUUUUCGUCUACAUGCCGAACACAGGCCCGACCGGUUUGCGCUGGGACUUCUACAACUACAAAGACCGAAUACACCUACUCGAGUUCACGAGUGAAGUUGAAGACGAAAAAGAAAGCAAGUACGUCAGAAGUAGUUUAGCUGAUGUGAGAGACGAAGAAACAAGAAAACAGCUCCAAGAGGUGCAGAUCCGAGGCCCAUCCGAAGGCGCCACGGACCAUGAGCUAACGAAGACGCUUCCUGAAACUUUCAUUAGCAUGCUUUCUAAAAUGGCACUCAGAAAAAAAGAAAGAGAACAAUUCUUAGACAUUCAAUGGUGGUAUCGAUUUAUGGAUGAAAACUGCUGAUUACAAAAGAAACUAAACACCAAAUUUUGAAAUUUCGAAGAAAAAAAAUUGACAAAAAAUCAAAUAGAGAAUUUCAUUAUUCACACUUAGAGCGAUCUGGUUUUGUUCAUAUUAUGAUCUGGAUAAAAUAUAUUAUAAAAUCUACCAAAAUCCAACUAGUAUCAUGAAAUAUCUUUGACUCAAUUAAAGAGAG